GAAGUUUUCUUCAUUAACCGAAUUGAAGAUCCCUAUGGGAGGUAAUUCGUUAACCGAAAUUUCGUUAAUCGAACCGUUUGUUAACCGAGGGACCACUGUAUUAGUUUAACGAUACCCACAGACCAACCCAGUUAACAGCCUAGGAUUGAGUAAUUAUUAUUUACAUUACUAUUAAGCUCAUGUGUUUGUCAUUUACCAUGUGCAAUAUGACAUCAUCGAAACAGGCCAUGUGACAGCAACAUCCAUCAUUAUUUACAGGAAAAUUCGGACAAAAUCCUGAAUAUGAAAAGUACUAUUUCUCUCUCCCACUGAUUUGCUUUGGUCUGAAUUGAGAAUAAUUUUGUUCUAUCCGGUAUUUAGAUUUUUCCUUAGGUAGCUAGAUAACCUGGACAACUUUCCUUAAAUAUUACGAAAUUUGAUAAACAAAUCAUGAUUGUGUGCAGUUUUGCCGAUCAGUGUUGAAGAGGAUAAAAAAAAAGUUGUCUUUUAUGGUGAAAUUUCCUUAGUUGGUGCUCAGGGCAUGCCAUGGCCAUCAAGUAUUACUCAAGAAAGCUUUCUUACCUUGUGGAACUGACAAGAUAUGCACAAGGGAUACAUUGUGUACAUUUUUUGUCUGCAGAGGAACCAGGGGCAGACACAGAUAUUUUUCAGGGUGAGGAGGGGGGGUGUUUCUCUGCUACUCUAGUAUUUAUGAUCGCAAUAUGCCAUUGGUAAUUGUUAUUACAUUAUCCAUGGGUUAUCCAUGACCAAAACUACAGUAAUGAUAUAUUUAUUAUUUACUAAAUUUUGUAAUAAAUUGGUUAUACUCCCAGUUGAGGGGCAGGGUCACCAGGAACGAACCCAGGACACUUUGUAACAAAAGCGGGUACACUAUCAUGACGCUAUCUCUUCUUCCACUCUCAUUACUAUCGAGAAAAGUAUUUAACUAAGGUAUUAUGUGAUUAAAGUGAAAUAAUACACAAACAGAUAUCAGGAACAAAUCUCUGAUUCUUUAUCAUAAAGUAAGUUUAUCACAACUUUAUCAGUUCUUGCUGAAUUGUCUUUGACCUGUAUGUGCAGUUCUUGCCAGCCCUUCUAAAGUGGUUCCAACAAUUUUUCGCCAGCAUAUACUCAAAACUGAAGUAAAGUUUGGAAGUUUGCUGGAUUUCAACCUUGUUCACCAUUAAAGAAAUUUGCAUUAUCACGGUAACCACGGAGAGAAAUUUGCUGGCGUGCACAUAAGAUUAUCAUCUUCACAAUAGACUUGAGCUUGUCUCUGUUCCUGACACAUAAACUGCUGCUGCCUUGUUUAAAUGUUUACUGACACCCUGCAUUUCUUUCUCCAUCUCUACUUUGAACUGAAGUGUAUCUGCUACUGCAUCUUUGUGUGAUUUUUUUUGAGUCUUGGCCAUCAUUUCUAAAAUGUUGCCCCAGCUUUUCUGAUGCUCUGUGAUACUGUGUGAAUGGAGUUUCAAUGAAUAUGCCUAGCUUAACAGCUUAUUAUGAUUCUUGGCAAAGUGGGUAUAGUACUUGCACAGGCCACCUUGCAAUGAUGGUGAAUAAACAAAAUCAUUAUACCUGUGUAGCCAAUUUAUUUGAAGGGCCCAGGUCUUGCCAUACAGUGUCAUCUUCCGUAAGUUGUAAUCACUAUCGGGUGAAUGACUGUUGUUAAGGUGUACUUUUGGUUAUUUGUUGAAGUUAUUCAGAAUUUUUCUAUGCUUUGUUGAUGGAGAAGCCAGAAAAUUUUGCUGUGUGGAAGUCAUGAGUGACGUUUCCACUCCACCUAAAGCCCUUAGCCUCGAAGGGAACAUGUAAUGAUGACCAGACUUAUCCAAUAUGGUGUUGUUUACUUGUUUUGUAUUGAUAGUAAUAUUGUAGGAGAUUUUUUGUCAGUGAUACAUGUGUGUUUAGGGACUGACUGGGAAUGUAUCCCAUUGAACCCCAUGUUAUUAUGCUCCCUAUUUACGAUGCUUCACCUUGCGAUGGAUUUUUUAGGAACGUAACCCCAUCAUAUCUCUGGGGUUACCUGUAUGUAACUAGUAGUGUCUGACCUUGUAUCACUAAUAAGGAAGGCAUAAAAAUAUCAGUUCACUGUCAACUUAUACUUAAUCACAGGAGUGCAUAGGUAAUGCCUAAGCAGUACAUUUCAAGAUAACACAAGGCUGAACAGGUCACUUACAGUAGAUGAUAGGUAAGAGAGUUCAUAAAAAAUAUCACUAAACCGAUAAAUAGCUGACAAAGCAGGCAAAGAUUGGCAGAAUGUGCAAAAAAUAAUAAUAAUUGUUAUAAGGUUUAAAACAUAAAGGGAAUAAAUAUUUCUUUGCACACAAGAAUUAGCAUGCUGAGCUAAGUCAGUGUGGGAUUUCAGCUACUCUUAGCUGUCUCCUUUGUGUGGUGAAACAAAUGACAAUUAUUUCAUCAUCCAGCAGUCAAGGAAGCAGUUGCUCCGACUCAAGGAUAGUUAUAACUUGUUAAAAAAAUUUUAUUCUGGGAUUAGUGUUGAAGUGAGAAAAGGUGGUAUCUUAAGAAUUGUUUAGUUCAUUCUCCUGACGCUCUGUAGCGUAUCCGUUACGCCUUUAGUUUAGUAACAUUAGAUGUGUCUUUAAUCUAUUGUAUUUUAAUACAGUAGAUGAUCAUUUUACCACCGAUUGGUUAUCUAAGCCAGGGCUUUAUCAUGCUUUAUUAAUUGAAACCGAUACUACUGUUUAACCACACUUGGCAGAUAAUUAAUUUUUAAAUUUUCCACUGCCAUAUGCACAGGAAUUGGCGGGCAGGGGUGGAAGCGACGCUUUAUAUGCAAAUCUAGGCUACCGGUACUCACUUUCAUCUUGUAGUGUACUGUUGUGUAUUGUAUGAUUUUAUAGUUUGAGUUAUGCAAGAUUAUUGCAUAUUGUAUUAUUUGACUCAAUAAAUCUCUGUCAUGCUCUUUGAUAAUAUUCCCUCUAGUACAUUUAGUAUUAAACAUUUUGAACCAAUGUGAAAAAUGUAUGAUAAUUUAACUCAAUAAAUCUGUCUAUCCAAACUCAAAAAGCGGUGCAUUUCAGAAUUAAUAAUACUGUAUGUACAGUAAUUCCAAGAUUUGACCUUACAUUCUGUGCACUGAUGUCACCUACAUGGAGGCGGGCUGUUGGCCGCACGGACUGUGAAUGGAGGAAAAGGUGAAUGAUGGGUGAACAGAAAAGCACUGUGGGAGGUGUUACAAGUGUACGGGAUGGGAGGAAGGCUAUUUUAAAUGCAGGAGAAGCAUUCUAUGAGAACAGCCGGGCAACGACAUAAAGGUGGGAGAGGGUGGAUGUAACAAAGGGACAUCAGAAGGCCGUCCCACACAGACAUCUCUCACCACAAUCUACAAAACAGGAGGCAGAACAGGUCAAGAACAGGAGAAGUUUGUAAGCAUGGUUAAUGUAAAUUAUCAACUGUGUAAAUCAUAAGUUACAAAUAUGAAAGUCAAGUUAGUGAUCCUAGGAAACUGAGGAUGAAAAGAAGGUUCACACAAGUGAAUCUUUCUCCUGAAAAUACUGGUGAAAAUAUUGCACUGUUAAAUGUUGUUUAAAUACAACAUGAUGAUUAGUGUAAUGUUUCUAUCCAGAUGAUUACCUUGUGAGAGUGAUGAAAGAUCCAAUACUGUACUGUACAUGGCAAGUGAUUGUUUGAUCUGCCCAUGUACUGUUAAGUCAAAGUUCACUUAUGGAAAAUAUUUUUCAAACAAGAGUAACCUCAGAAACCACAUACAUGUGUAGAAUUUUGAAUGGGAGCUACCGAUUUACUUGUGAAAAGUGGGAUUUUUUUUACACAACGAAUAGUUCAUAUGAAUGCCCACUGAUGGAAAAAAUUAAAUUAUACAAAGUGUUCUAAAGUAAUUUUUUUAAAAUGGCUGAUUUUGUGGACCAAAUGGCCAAACGUGAUGAGGAAAUGUGCCUGUGUGAAUAUUGUGGACAUUUUUUUCAUCUUAAUGAUGCUUUACAAAUGCAUACCUGUAAGACUGAACACGCUGAUGUGAUAGAUAUUAAAUAUGAAGAAGUUGAUGAAAGCUUUGACAGUAACUGUGAAACAACACAACAUGUGGCUUUGCUUGCUGAGAAAGAUAUCAAGUGUGAAGCAUUUGAUGUAAGUUAUAACAGUAACUUUGAUGAGACACAACAUGUGACUGUUGAUGAGAAAGAUAACAAGUGUGAAGCAUUUGAUGUAAGUUAUAACAGUAACUCUGAUGAGACACAACAUGUGUCUGUUGAUGAGAAAGAUAACAAGUGUGAAGCAUUUGAUGUAAGUUAUAACAGUAACUCUGAUGAGACACAACAUGUGUCUGUUGAUGAGAAAGAUAACAAGUGUGAAGCAUUUGAUGUAAGUUAUAACAGUAACUCUGAUGAGACACAACAUGUGUCUGUUGAUGAGAAAGAUAACAAGUGUGAAGCAUUUGAUGUAAGUUAUAACAGUAACUCUGAUGAGACACAACAUGUGUCUGUUGAUGAGAAAGAUAACAAGUGUGAAGCAUUUGAUGUAAGUUAUAACAGUAACUCUGAUGAGACACAACAUGUGUCUGUUGAUGAGAAAGAUAUCAAGUGUGAAGCAUUUGAUGUAAGUUAUAACAGUAACUCUGAUGAGAGACAACAUGUGACUGUUGAUGAGGAAAAUGUUUAUUGUGAAAACAUUGAUAUAAGUUUAAACAGUAACUCUGAUGAGACACAUGUGACUGUUGGUGAGGAAAAUGUUAAUUGUGAAGACAUUGAUGUAAGUUUAAACAGUAACUCUGAUGAGACACAUGUGACUGUUGAUGAGGAAAAUGUUAAUUGUGAAGAAAGUUUUAAUGGAAAGAAUCAAUUGAUGGAUCAUUUAGUCCAUAGUGUGAAAAUUAUUAAGUGUUAUAAGUGCGGAAAGAUUUUUGAUUCACAGACUAAUCUGAAGCAGCAUUUGCUUGUACACACUGGUGAGAAAAAUUUUAAGUGUGAAGAGUGUAAUAAAAGAUUUUCCACGAAGAAAUAUCUGAAGGUACAUAUGGAAGUACACACUGGUGAAAAAUAUCAACUAUCUAUUAGAGCUCAGAUCAUUGGCCUUCGAGAUGGUGGCCUUAGUAUACGAGCCAUCGCUCACCGUCUAGGCACCUCGACCACGACUGUGGCCAAAUGGAUUAAACGUUGGAAGAAAAGUGGAAAUUUGAGCAACUUAGAGGGGAGACAUCGUCCCCGGUUGACAACUCCUCAGCAAGAUGAGAGAAUUCAACGAGAGGCAGAGGAAAACCCCUUUACGAAUGCUGAAGCAAUUAGGAAAGAAUUGCAGUUAGAAGUAUCCACGGCUACAGUCCGAAGACGUCUGUACGAAGCGGGAAUCCAACAUAUGGUUCCUGUCAAGAAGGAGCGCCUCACAGACAAACAACGCUCUGCUAGGCUUGCCUUCGCUAGCCAGUAUGUUACCAAAGAUUUGGACUUCUGGUCCAGGGUGGUCUUCACAGAUGAGAAGACCUUCAGGUUCACAAAACAUGGCACACUGCAGAUUUGGAGAAAUAAUAAUACCAGGUAUGAGCGCCGAAACAUCAGUGAGGAGGCUCGGUCUGGUUAUGUUACAUGUAAUGUGUGGGGCUGGAUCUCCAUCCAUGGGAUGGGUGAUGUGACCAGACUUGAGGGGAGAUUCACUGCAGCAAAAUAUAUUGAUAUUCUGCAGGAUUUUUUCCUUCCAUCCCUUCAGGAAAGGAACUUCCCCUUCCCUCCUGGCCCCAUCAUAUUUGUGCAAGAUAGCUGCCCCAUACAUAUGACCAGAGUAGUUCGACAGUGGUUCACAGGUCAGGAGAACUUGCAAUUGCUGGAUUGGCCUAGCAAGGGCACUGAUUGCAACCCCACAGAGAACAUAUGGAGGAGUAUGGUCAACACCUGGAAGCCAGAAAGGGAAAAAACCUCAGAUCACUUAUUGGCCCACAUUAAGACUCGGUGGGAGCUGUGCCGGGCCAAGCCCCAGCUUUUAAGAAACCACAUCUCAUGUAUGUCAGACAGGCUACAGGCAGUGAUUGACAAGGAGGGUGGCUGGACACAUUACUGACUUUUCAAAUAUUAAAUAAUUUAUUGUC